AUGUCUCUAGAGCGCUCCAGCGGAGGAGCAGGAGAAGACGGAGGCCUGGAGAAGCCUCGAGAGCUCUCCAGUGGAGGAGCAGGAGAGGAGGACGGAGGUCUAAAGACGCCUCUAGAGCGCACCAGUGGAGGAGCAGGAGAGGAUGACGAAGGUCUGGAGAAGCCUCUUGAGCGCUCCAGUGGAGGAAAAAUCGGAGAAGACGUGGCAACCGGUGAAGCGGGAGAAAGGAGGCUUAAGCAGCGGGUGGAUGUUGCCAGGGAGUUCGAGCCGAGAGGGUCGUGAUACUUAUAUCUAGCUUGCGUUGCUUUUUAAAAAAAAUUAUUUAUGAUGAUUUCUUGUUCCGACUUAACUUUUCGGGGAGAGAGUUGUCGAUUGAAAACCGAUUUUUCAUAUCUUUAUUUGACGUAGCUGUUCCCAGGUGAUGGUAAAUGACGAGUGAAGAAAAUGAUAAUGACGAUCAAGAAUGUUGGUGUAACUUCUUUGAUCGUUUGCAGGUAUCAGAUCAGCGUGUACGAUGUGGCUGUUCGAAGGAACACUAUAGCUGUGCUGGAGACGGGAUCAGGGAAGACAAUGAUCGCCGUGAUGCUUAUGAAAGAGUUAGGGAAGGAUAUCAGUCCAAACUAUAAUAAGAGACUCAUCAUAUUCCUCGCUCCCACAGUCCACCUUGUUAAUCAGGUUCCUUUUUUCUGCUAUUCUUCUGUUUAGUCUUCACAUAGUGAAAAAAUCGGCAAAUUUGAGGUCUCUUUUCGUAAUAUAGGCUUCAUAUUCCUUAUCUAUGAGCAGCAAUUCGAAGUGAUUAAGAUCCACACCAACUUUGAAGUGGCCCAAUACUAUGGGGCCAAAGGAGUUGACACGUUGACGGAAGAGUGCUGGAAUAAAGAGAUAUUUGCUCACCAGGUCACACUCUCUGUCUCAUUCUCAUUUUUCCAAUUCUCCAACUCUACAAUGUUGUUGAAGCAAUCGAUGUGAAUAUAAUAUGGAUUUAUAUGUGUGAACCAUUCGCGUGUGUAUUCAAAACAUUGAUUAUAUUUCGGAAUUAACAUAUAUACCAUUGUCACUGCUUUUUAUAUACGUGUGUUGGUGGGUACCGAUUAAGAGUCAAUGCUAUUGACACCACCAGUAUGAAGAUGCCUUUUUUUCCAGAUUUUUUGGACAAUGGCCCAUGAGGACUGUGCUAUGUAAUGGAAAACUUAAGGACAGCAGUGAGGUAUAUAUUGUCAAAUAACAUAUUGGAUAGGGAAAGAUGGUUUGUGCUUGAUUUAUGUAAAAAUUCAUAGUAAAAGAAACCGUCACUGCUACCUGUUGAAAAAAAAUUGAUAGCCAUGGAAACUUUUUUGAUUGUGAUAUUGAAAAAAUGACAAGAUUUUGCGGUUACUCUUUUACACUCAAUUGGGUUUGUAAAUUUAGCAAUCAGACAAUCUCUCUUUUUUAAACAGAGAGGGAACAGGUGAUGAUGGUUAAUAGCAAAUGGACACGACUUAUAUGUCUAGAUUCUUUAAUUUUUCUUGGGUUUUCAAGGAAAGGUGAGGUGAGGUAGCCUAUUCUCCACUAAGAAAUUUCCAUGUCGUUUGGACUGUGGUUAUUCAUUAUUUUAUCCACUAUUUCUAUUAAAAAUAUGUAAAAUGAUAUGUUCCUUUUCAAUUAACCCCUUUUAUCUGAACCUAUGAUUUUUGACAUCUAUCUUUUCUAAAAUCAUAUUUUCUGUGUUGUCGCCUUCUAGAGUUGCAUGGAAAGAGUAGUUAAUAUAUAUCCAUUUCAGAUUUAUUUGUUAAUAUUUUCCAUUGCUUCGGUUUUAGUAGUAUCUGACCCUCUUUCUUUCGGUGAAAGGAUGUAAAUCAUUAACUGGUUCUCUUAAACUUAUAUUAGAUAAUCCGCUGUUGCUGUAUAGGUACUGGUUAUGACGCCUCAGGUACUACUGGAUGUUCUGAGGCAUGCAUUCUUGACAUUAGAUAUGGUUCAGCUCAUAGUAUUUGAUGAAUGCCAUAGAACUACUGGUAACCAUCCAUACGCCAGAAUAAUGAAGGUAUUUGAGAUCUCUUCUUACAGGAUGGUGUCAGUUUUUGCACUGGAAUUUUUAGUUGUUUAUGAAAGGUUUUUGAUUUAUUGUGAAGUCCAACACCUUUUUAUUUCCUGACUAGUAGUAUUAUUAUUUAUGAUUAUACAGGAAUUCUACCAUAGGACUACACAGAAGCCACAUAUUUUCGGGAUGACUGCCUCACCCGUCAUUAGAAAAGGCAAGAAAUCUCUUUAAUCAAUGAACAUUCAUCAGAAACUCCCCCUCCCUUUCCGUGCUUUCUAUUUUUUAUUUUUAACAUCCCAUUAUUGCUUAGAUGUCUGUAAAUGUACAAAACAUUUACUAUGUUUGAAGAUAUUUAGUCCGCUUACGUUGGUAAGAUAUCUGUCUCUUAUCAAAAUCUAACCUUCAAUACAGGAAAGAAAAUAUGCGAUUUACUUUUCCAUGAAAACUGUUUUAAACGAUGGCCAUCCGACUGUUUAUUGUUCUUUGUGGAUAUUCGUAGAAAACUUCCGGUAAUUUCUAACAUUUAACAGAUGUGACAUUUGUAGUGGUUAGUUUCUUAGUGUUCCCUGAUAUUCUAAUUUCGGGCACAUCUUUCUCGUUUCGUGCUCUGAUAUUCUGACUUUCUGAUUCUGGUGAUCGUUAGGUUCGGAAAAAAAGAAAGAAAAAUUCGUGAACCUAUUUCUGGAUCUCUACUUUACAGAAACAAUAUUAUUUCUGGUGCCAUUAUUCCUACUUCUGCAGCUAUUGGUUUGCAUUAAAAGUUAUGUUUCUUUAUCUCGCUUUAUCUCCAUGUCUCUGUUGUAAGGCCAGGUAAAAAAUGGUCGAUAAAUCUAAAUAAAAUAGGUUUCAUGGUACUCUUGUAAUUUUUCUUCUUCUUUAUAGUGGCAUUGAAAACUUCGACUGGCAUUUUGCUUGUAAGCUUCAGACUAUCUCCUAGAGAUGUUGUUUGGCCUUAAUCUUACUUUCCUGCUUGGACUUGCGGCUUUCGUGUUGAAUUUAUCCGCCCAUCUUGUAGAUCUUUUUGUCAAUUUCCAAGCCUUAGGGAAAAAAGCCUUUCUAGAGAUUCUUGAUUCUGUAAAACUAGUCAUUUCUUCUGCAUUAUUUUUAUUUGAUCUCUGGUUUUUACUUUCCUAAUAAUGCACCUAUGUGCCAUUCCACCCAUUUAGUUUGUCUAUCGGCUGCAAGAGUAAAAUCUAUGAGUCUUCCUUCAUUGAGCCCUCCCUUGAAGGGAAAUAUUCUGACUUCCUCUGGAGUUAUGUACAGAUAAAAGUUGAAAGAUGCUAACAAAUAUUCUGGGUGAUUUAUAGAAUGGGAGUAAAUAACAUUACUGAUUUGCAACUCAUCAGGGGCCUAAGAUAUAUUGGAUGGAAAAAUAGUCAAACAUGCAGAAGGAAAAGGGAGACCAAAAGCCUAAAGUUUGUACACUGUGGAUGAAAUAUUACCUAUUAAUGGAAAGUAGGUAGCAUUAGGAAAAAGUAUCAUGGAUUCGUUCCUCCUUUCUCAUUUCCUUAGGUCGAAUUGAUAAGUAAACUUUCUUUGUUCCACAGCUGUUUUGGUUUGUUCUCUUUACUUGUGUAUUAAGAGUGGAAUUAUGGUACUUCUAAAUGAAGCAAUCUGCUUGCCGACUUAAUCUAAUAAAAAUGAGUUAAGAGUUGGAUAGAAGGGUACAGGGGUUCUACUAAAGCGAGGGAUUCAGAGAAAUAUUUAUCUAAAUUAUUCUUUUGUUGUAUUAUUGAAUUAUUCGUAUCUUAAUAUAGCCCUAAAUUUUUUAAUUUUUUGACUGGCCUUAUCGAAUUCGGAUUGCACCAUUUCUAUCUGUGAUCAUAUCCCAAUUAUGUGAACUUCCGAUUUGAGUGCACAGCUUGAUUCCAUUAUAACAGGUGCCUGUCCUUGUAUUGCUAUUCUGGCGGUGUGUACCUUAUCACAGCUUUUUUCCCCAUUCUAGGAACAUGUUGAGCUUGUUGUUUUCUAUCAGGAUUAAAUGGCGAUUAGAACAAGUUAAUACCAGUUUGUUGUGUAGCCUGCUCUCAACUAUCUUAAUAUAAAUCUUUCCAAAUUUUCAGUGGUCAGUUCUCAAGACAUGAAUACGAUAUUUUCACUCAAAUCGAGCAAUCAUUUUGUUAUGAUUAAUUCGAGCUUCCAUUAGCAUUAUUUGGUGCAUCUUUGAUUGGCUUUCAGUGUUGAAAGUAAUCACAUGCGUCCUUCCUUCUGUUUUCCCUACGGCUUUAUGCAAUAAUAUGUUUUUUCUCUCGAUGUACUUCUUUGCACCAGGUGUAUUAUCUACUCUAGAUUGUGAAGGGCAAAUAUCUGAACUUGAAAGUUUAUUGGACUCCCAGGUUUUGUUUUUUAACAAUCUUGUUCUUGUUUACUUUGGUAAUUACAAGUUUCAACUGUAAGCCGCAUCUUCUCUCCCUUCGCUCUGAGUAGAUUUUUUAGUGAUGCUUUGCAUUUUUUUGGCCUUGAUGCUGAAUAUUUAAAAGGUUUCCAAUGGCCAGUACAGAUUUAUACAGUACCAGAAAGAUGUGAACUUGAACAAUUUGUACCAUCAGCCAAAGAAGUCAAUAGGUAUUAUGAUCCUACGCUGUCUGUGCAUGACGAGUUGAAAAGUGCAAUCAGCUCUUCAUGGGCGAAGGUUUGAAAUUUCGAAUCUUUGAUGAUUGUGAUCUUCUUCCUUUUACGCCUUUAUUUUCAUUGGCCAUAAUUGUUCCUAAGAUGUAUAUAUUUUGGAUGCUUUAACAGUUUGAUGCUUUGGUAGCUGCUCGGCAGGAUUCAGAAUCAGGUCAGUUUCAAGACACUGAUGAUGCAAUAAAAGCAUCAAGAAGGAGACUAUCAAGUUAUCAUUCAAAGAUAUGCCAUUGCCUGGAAGACCUUGGUCUUAUUUGUGCAAACGAGGUAUUAGAUUGCGAAAUAUGGUCGUCUGACCUGUGUAGUUUGUUUGGAAGACAGAACAAUGUGGGCUCAAUAAGUGCAAAACCAGACGUUGCUUCGUACUUGAGAGGAGCUGCUCAGCCAUUCUGCAAAUUUAAAUAUAUUGACUCGUCAUUACAACCAUUGCGAUUUUGUUAUUGCAGAUUAUUCUGGAAGUUACUCAUUUCUGUGAUUAUGUAUAUUUACAGGCUUCAUGCUCUUUCCAAGUAUUCUCUGCAUAUCUUAUAUCAUUAUUCCUGUCUUACGAAUUGUGAACCAGGAUAAUUAAAGCUUCCCUGUAAUUUGCGCGAUGAUGCCAUCAUAGUACAUGGGUCGUUCAAUUUUUAUUUUUAUUUUGAGCUUUUACUUGUAUUGAUCAGGAUAAAUACUAUGAUGUUGAUGCAAUAUAACAUAAAUUUGAGAUAGUUAACGAGAAAUACUUAUAGAGGUCUCCAAGACUGGAAGAAUUUAUGAUUUUAGUGUAUUACGAAAAUAACUUUAUUCCUUACCGAAUUUCAGAGCACUUGAAAUGUUCUUGGGGAUUCCUCCCUAAACUCCAUUGAAUACACUCAAGAGAAGUGAGUAAAACAGCAAGGUAAUAAAAUAUCUCAUCCAUUUGUAGAGAUAAUGGGAGGGGAACCCCUACAUAUCAGAAUCCACAAAUUUUAAACGAAAAUAAUAACUUUGUUAUUAGGUUUGAAAGCAUUUGGACCCUGGUUUGUCAAAUGACACUUUUGAUAAUCAAAUUGACCCUAAUUUAGCUUCUGCUUAUGUCAUUCAAUAAAAGACAUAUCCAAGGGUGUAUUUAAUUCUAUGACAGGUCAAGGAUGGGAGACCUAGGAAUUGGACUUGAGAAGAAAAAAAGAAAGCAAAUAAACGUUAAUAUCGGAUUACAACAUAUACACAAGUAGAUGUUUAUUAUUCUUUUUUACAACUUUUUUCUUACUUCAGUAUCUAUAUUAUUUCAUAUACUGGUGUUAUGUAAUUAAAAUACUUCUUCUGAUCAAGGUUAUAAAUUUAAUUUAGGCUGUUAAGGUUUGUAUGGAAAAUGUCUCUGUUCCAUCGGCUGAGGGAUGCGAUUUGUCAAGGGCGAAUCUGUCGGCUGAUGUUUCUUUUCUGAAGAAUGUGUUGCUUAAAAUUCAACAAUGUUUCACACAUGGUACAUGAGUCGAGAAAUCUAUGCUCUUAAUUUUUCUUGUAAUUAUUUCUUCAAACUGAACUUCCUACCGUGACUUUCCUAUGCAUUGGCUUUUUUAGAAUUCCUUCAUUUUGAGGGUACUGUCUAUCGUCUGUUGUUAUAAAUUUUAUUUUCAUUGCAUUUUUUUUUUCUUGAACUGUUUUUUGAAUAUUUGAUUAGUAAAUACUUUCAGCUUGGUAUUUUUCAUUUGAAAAUUUUCUAGGAUGUCUACUAUCGGUUUUAUUUUGAAUUUUUCCGCCUAAGUUUUCAAAAUCGGUUGUGUAAAGCAACAUUUAGAUCUUUAUCUCGUAUGCUAUGGGUAAUCUCAAUGCGCUGAUAGGCCCCCUUCGCAUGACCUAGAAAGAAAAAGGAGGUCCGUGCUACUAUAAGGCCUCUAAACUCCUCCCCCAGGGCACUGUAGCGUUGCCAGGGGGACAUUCCUGCAUUUUCAGAUUACUAGGUUAGCGGACUUGGAAUAUUUUUUUCCCGGUCGUUGUUUUAAUAAUCAGUACUCGGUAUUUAUUUUCCAUUUGGAAAACAUAUGCAAGAUAGUGAAGUAAGCUACCUGAAAAUUUCCACCUUUAGCUAUUUUUUUUUAUAUCAACAACUUAUUUCUUGUUUUUCAGACAGCUAAGGGUAGAAAUUUUCGUUCUGUAUAUGUUGGAGAUAGGGUUGUGGACAGAGGAGUAGUCUUCGUAUCCAAUUUACUGUUCAUUUUCUCACUAUGGUACUUCUUUCGAUUUACUUCCGUGGUAAACAAGAAAAAGUUCACGAAAAGAUGAUUGCUUUGUCUUCUGUCGGAAUUUUUCUGUUGCCACUUCUUUUCUGUCUAACUUGAUAUUCUUCUAUUUCUACUUUUUUAUUUCGUCUAAUUUUGAGUUUUUAUCAGACCAUGAACAGCUAUUCAAGACAGAGUCUGACCGUUCAAUGAUUGUAAAAAUGGGUUACGUUUCUCCAAAACUCUCUGAAUUAGUGCGAGUGUUUCAGACAAUCGGGUACUGGAACUUUCUCUUCAUUUCUUAGUGUAAAUGAUAAUUUCUUUCUCUUGAUCAUCUGUUAUGUUUUGUUGUCUGCCGCAGGUACUCAACACAAGUACUUUGCCUCAUUUUUGUGGAAAGGAUUAUUACAGCUAAAGUAAUUGAACGAUUCAUCAAGAAGAUAAAUUUUUUAUCGCACCUAAAAGUUGCUUAUUUAACAGGCGGUAGUACGUCUACAGAUGCACUAACCACAAAAGUUCGGAAGGAAACUCUGAAGUCAUUCUGUUCCGGGAAGGUAUCUUACUAAUUAUGCUCAUUUUAUCAUUUUUGAGAGACGAGUGUGUUACUUCUCUGUAACUGGGAUGCUUGAAUCUUUCAGGUAAACUUAUUGUUCACAACUGAUGUGGCUGAAGAGGGACUUCAUAUACCACACUGUUCAUAUGUGAUACGUUUUGACCUGCCCAAAACAGUUCGCAGUUAUAUCCAAUCACAUGGACGGGCACGUCAGGUGGAUUCACAUUAUUUCAUCAUGCUUGAAAGGUAAAUGCGAUGUUAAGCUAAUUUAUUUUCCAAUAGUCAGCUCAUGAUAUAAGUAUGAGUGGCACUGGAUUACCUCCUACUAGUAGUUGGCUUGAAGUUGAUUAAGCUUUUCUUUCAAAGAUGGCUUCAGCAGCUAUAAUGAGAGAUAAGUGCAGAAUACCUUACAAAGCAAACUUUUUCAAUCUUUAUCCGAAUGUCGUGGAGUCAAUCAAGCCCUUCAUAUAGUGAAAAAAGGUCACUAUAAAAUCUAACAUAAGUGAUCACAACAUUAAGGGAUGGCAUAUCAGUGUUCUGAAGCCAUAGAAACAGCUCACAAAAAUUUCAAUAUUUGCAACUACUUUUGUACUUUGAUAAGCUAGCAUACCCUUUUUUUCUAUUUGCGUCAUCUAAAAUUUUGAUGGAAUGUCUUAUUAUUUUUUUGUUGAAAAUUUUAUUUACUCACCUAAGACAAUCUGUUUUGGCUGGUAUGAAAAUUCCUAAUGAAUAUCCUAUUGAGUAAUUGAUCCUCAAACCGGUAUCUCUGAAGCUUACAUAACUCCUUGUAACUAUGUUUAAAUUUUUAAUUGACCGUGUAUUACAUUUGAUUUAAUUUUUAAGCUGAUGGCUGUGUUACAGAAUCAUGCAAUACUGUCAUUUCAAAUUGUUAUUUUAUUUUAGUGAAGUGUGUAAGCAUUCCACUCUUUCAGAUUUCUGAAAGAAUGAUUAUACUGCUUUGCGAUUGUAUAGUACAUCUUAUCUUUAAGUUCUCCAUUGCAUGUACUAUCUGCACCGGCAUUAUGAUAUGUCUACGGAUCGAAUCUGUUUCUGACUAGAUCUAAUGGGGAUCUAUACAUCUUUUUGAGUCCAGUGGUUGACUUGAAUGUUAACCUCUUUCCACUGAGAAAGCAUUUUAUCUUGGUGUUGCAUUUGACACUAUGAACAAGUUAUAUACUACGUGAACGGUGUAUAUCUUGCACUUAUUCCGAACUCAUGUGCAGGGGGAACAUUCAACAAAGAGAUCUACUAUUUGACAUUAUUAGGAGUAAGUAUUCUAUGAUGGACACUGCUAUAAACAGAGAACCCAAUGCUUGCAUAUCCGCAUGGGGUGGCAGGGAGGUAUCCGCAUGGAGUAAGUAUCCGCACGGUGUAAACUCAUACUUUGUUGACUCAACUGGAGCAAUUGUUACUACAGAUUCCAGUAUUAAGCUUAUUGGUAAAUAUUGUGAAAGCCUCCCUGGAGAUAAGUACGUCUAGUAUUCUAUUGCACAUGAUGCUUGAUGUUUUUUUUUGAAAAAAUUGUUACCAUUUUGGGACCUUUUUUUGAAAGUAGAUAGAACCAAAAGACCAUUAUAAUGGAGACUGAAGAAAGAAAUUUAGGAUUACGCAUACACAAUCACCGAACAGAAAAAAGAAAAUCUCUUUAUACAUUUAUGAGAGGCGUACGCCAGGAGAGGAACAUGCAGCACUAUGAAUUCUUAAAAUAGAAGAUUCAUUCGCCCCACUACAAAAAGUAGCGCUUUCUCACCCUUGUAGAAUAGCAGAGAUAUCUUGAAAUAUUUCAUCUACCGAGUGGCUCAUAUGAAAAAAAUAAAGCUAUUAUGUUCCUUCCUUGUGGCACAUAAGGUUGUGAGCAAUAUGAGCUGCGGCACAAUAUGAUCACACUCCCUUAUAAUUGAAGCUCCGCUUCCAUCUUCUCUAUGCAACCUUCAGUAAUGUAGGAAUACAGCACCUAAUAUCAUUGGUGCUGAGAUAUCGCACCAAAUUUUCUGCGUGAAGGAACACCUAAGGAGAAGUAUCUUCUCAUAAAUUCCAUGUAGACAACAGGAAUUGCAAAUGUCAACUAAGAAGAGUACUUGGUGAUCACAAGUGAGAAAGCACCCGGCCCCCUGAUAUCACAUGCCUCACGUUUAAGGAUGAUGAAAUCCUCAAGCUCAUGAUUCACAUGAUGCUUGAUGCUCUCAUUACUAAUUAUGAUGUAGGUUAACUGAACUGAAAAUUUUCACACUUCUUCCCCAUUUGCAAUGCAACGAAUCUUCAUCUGAUCUUUCUAAUUAUUACCCAAUAGUUAGGAUGAAGAGAUCAAUAACCUGUUCUAUUUCUAUGUCAUGGAGAUUCAUUGUGAAUCCUGGGUAUGCUCCAAUAAAAUCAGAAAGCCUUUGCUAAGUACAUCAGAAAGUAGCUGGGGAUGUGUGCACCACCACGGAUCCAUCCAAAGCAGAACUGUCUAGCUACUGUCAAGAAUGACGAUCUGCGACUGACAACUUCCUAUCUGCUAUCACAGUAUCUUUUGCCCGAAGAAUGGUCUCUCCACGCCUGAAGACAUUAGUAGAGACAUUUGGAUGAAGUUCUAAGGAUAUGCCGCUUCUAUAGUUUUCUUCAGAAUGACCUCCCCAUCUUUUCCUCUGUCCCAGUUUUAACAGCCAUUUGUUGAGUAGUGCGAAGUUAAAGUCUGAGAUUUUGAUAUUCUAAAACUUUCCUUUGUUUUGUCUUUUCCAGAAUUCGAUAGCAUGCCAGAUUCUGAAUCUUCCAACAUGACCUUUGCCAAAACAUUUGCCUUAUUAUCACUGCUCACAUAACGCAUAACUAUUACCUUGUUCAAUUUGAAUUAUCUCAGACAAUUUAUGGAACUGAACUGCAGGUACUUUGACCCAAAGCCACUUUUCCAGAUAUCUUCCCAUAGUGGAAUUUAUGAGUGCAAAUUGACCUUGCCUGCCAACGCUGCAUUCCCAGCAUUGGUAGGCCCUGUCAGCCGAAGUUCAUAUUUAGCAAAGCAACUUGUGUGCUUAAAUGCUUGUAAAAAGCUGCAUGAAAUUGGAGCACUUGAUGAUCAUCUUCUUCCUGUUAUUGAAGAACAUAUUGAAACCAAUCAUGAUGAGAUUGUUAAUUCAGCAUUAGGUGCAGGUACUUGUCUUUUCAUUCUUUACAAUUCCUGAGGUAAAAACUGUUUAUUUUUUCAUACUUAUGCAAUUAUGUGAAUCACACUUAGGUGCUCAUUUAGACAUGUUUAACAAAAAAAUUGAUGCGGCGGACAUUAGCUUUUCUUUCAUGAGAUAUUAUUGAAUGCUAUAUCUAAUAAAACGGGAUAAAUUUUUUCUUUGGCCUUUCUUUCAAAUUGGUCCGGUAACGAACUGUUAAUUUGUUGAUAUUUACGCAGAUAUUUUAAUCAUAACUAAGGUGCUCAUUUAGACAUGUCUAUAAUUUUUUUUUAUUUGGCUGACAUGUUCCUUUCUUUCAUGAGGUAGUAUUGAAAUGCUAUUGCAAAUAAAACGGACUAUAAUGUUUCUUUGGGCGUUUGUUGUUAUCAUUGUAUUAAAUUAACAGUCGUCUUCAGAUUCCAACUUUGUAUGGCUCUUCAGUUUGAGUAUUUUUUCUGCACAACAAAUUUUCAUACUUCCUGUUAACACGUAGAAAAGUAGCACCAGCAACUUUCAGCUUCUUAUGUUCGCAGCCUUCUUAUGGGGUAGUUCUUGUUACCACAAUGUCAUAAUGAAUUAUACUCAUUCUAGAAAAAAAAUACCCACUCUAAACCUAUACACAUUAUUAUGGUAAAGAUUUUAUUUUGUUUUUAUCUUGUUACCACAAUGUGGUUUUAUUUUAACAUGUAAGACUGAAAAAAUGAAAUCUUUUAGAAAUGGAUUGGAUCACUAGUCACACAGAAGGUCAAAUGAGCCGUUUUACAUAAGAUUCACAUGAAACCCUGGUGAUUUGUGGCACCAUUUUUGGCCAAGUAAUAAUAAACAUAUACACCGAAAAAGGCCAUUCCAUGAAUGGGUCUGAAUAUAAUAAAUAGAAAAAAAUAUCUCAAGUCUAUUAGAGAGACAUGAUAACAAGUUACUAAAAACAUCACGUACCGAAUGAAUUACCUGCCGAGCUUUCUAUGUCUAUAGAAUAUGCUUCAUUAAAUUUCUUGAAUUGACAGGAAACCCUAAAAAAACUAUAAUUGAAGGUGGUUACUGGGAGAGCAUGGCAGCGUUACAUGAGGGUUGAACUUCUCCAUUAGUGGAUAUCUUUUGAGACUUGUCACGUCAGAAGGGAACGUGACCCGUAUAUUUUUUUCCUUGUUUAGGUCGAGUUUGUGGAGGAAGGGGAUAGUGACGACGUAGGGGAUUGUGCCAAAGGCAUUAGGUGGUGGAGUGGAAGAAGGCUAGACUGAGGAAAAUAUAUGCCGGACAAAAGAUGGCAGGUGUUAUUAUUUCAAAGCCACUGACGGCAAUUGAAUUAUGGUCUUGUCCUUAGUGCGGUGUCACUUUAGACGUGAUGCUCAUCCCCUCGUCACUUUUUUCUGUGGGUGUCAGUGACUUCGAUCCAACUGCUAAUGGAGCUGACCUCAUAAAAUCAGGACCAGUGUCUCUCUGCACAGCAGUUGCAGUGUAUUGUACACUAAUGAAAUUGGCUGAGGAGUUGGUGGUGAAUGGGUUGCAAAGCAUGUAUUAGGUUGACUCGAAUACUUGGAGAACAAACGCAUAUUGUCCCCUCAUUGGUCUCUGAUAUCAGGGAAUUUUUCAGUACCAGUGGCACGUAUCACGAUGUUAAAUUGGUAAUAUUCCAUCCUGAGUGGUGUCCACGAGGAUCCCAUCUCAAGGGUAAUAUUCCACCUAAAACAAAAGUAGGAACAGCUUUUUUGGUUCUAUGAUUCACCUCCGAAUAAUGAGUAGGUAUCUGUCUGACUUAAUUGGUGGCAAAGAAAAGUAUGUGCUUAGCCCCCAAGUAGGUACCAUAUCAAUUGUUGUAAGUUUUCCUACUCACCAUCCUGUUCUAUCCUGAGGUAGACAUUGCAGGUUUACUCAAAGAAACUUCUGAGCUACUUUUUUUGUUUUUCUUUCAAUAUGCAUCUAGUGUAUAUGUAAUAAUGCCUAUAUAGUAUAUCUAAUGUGUAACAUGCUUUUGGGACCAUUCGAAGGUACAAAAGGAAGGAAGGAGCUACAUGGAUCGAUAACAGCUCGAGCUUUGUCAGGAAUUUGGGCUAACAGUCGAGAUGCUGUGGCUUUAGAAGCAUAUAAAAUCGACUUCACUUGCAAUGAAGAUUCUGUAAAAUACUCAAGUUUUGUCCUCCUAAUUGAUGCCGUGUUAGACUCUGAUAUUUCUCAUGUGGAAGUCAACCUUAAUCUUGGUGCAAAGUAUGUUACUUCAUCUGUUUCCCCAUGCGGCUCGUUCAAUUUGAAUGCAGAACAGGUUCCUUUCUUAAAUUACAUCCUUUUGUUCAUUUCCUUCUCUCAGUGUUAUUAUCUUUUGAAGUCCAUGAUGUCAUGAUAUCAGGUGGAGCACUCAAAACUCUUCCACGAGUUUUUCUUUAAUGGGUUAUUUGGAAAGUUGCUUAUUGGGCCCAAAUCUUCUGAAGUCCGUAAGAAAUUCAUCCUUUCUCCAGAAAGCCGACCUUUGUGGAGCACUACGAAGAUGUAUUUCUUAUUACCUAUUGAUACUUCAUCAAUCUUUCGUCCUGGAUCUUUGAACAUAGAUUGGGAAGCAGUUCGGGCGUGUGCAUAUGUGACCAAUUUCAUGAGGAAUAUACAUUUAUCUGGGCCUCAAAAUGCAUUACUGUGUCGAGUAGUAACUUCACUGGUCCCAACUGAAAGUUCAUUGGUUGAAUGCAAGGGAACAAGUACUAUACACCUUGCUGACAAGUCUGUUCUUUUAGGUGAACACAAAGAUAUGGUAGUUUUGGCAGUUCAUACUGGAAAAUUAUAUACUGUAAUUGACGCACUAAUCGAUAUGUCUGCUGAAAGUCCAUUUGAUGAUCGGACAGCCGGUUAUACCAGUUUCUCAGACUACUUCUUUAAAAAGUGAGGAAGUUAUCUACCUGGCAUAUGGCCUUCUGAGUUUGAUGUUUUACGCACUGAUACUUUGUAAUGUAAUUUUUCUUCUUUUACGGCUGCUGCAGAUAUGGUAUUGUUCUUCGGCAUUCUAAGCAGCCCUUAUUUCUUUUGAAGCAUAGCCAUAACCCGAACAAUCUUCUUUAUUCAAACUCUAAGGGACAAGGUAUUGUACUAUUCACAUUAAAAGAUGUCAAUAGGUUUUGAAGGCUUCGAUUUGCCUGUUGUCUUGGUCUUUUUUUGAGCUGAAAUUCCAUUCUAUGUAUUUUUAGCUUCCAGUGUUUCAUCAUUACUGCGUGAGUAAUGUUGUUUUGUUUUUAUUUUCUUUUUUUUCCUGAAAACUCAAUUCGUCAUAGGUAAAGGUAUGAGUACCAAACACAAGACUGUAAAUGGUAGAGUGCACCAUGACCGAAAGUCGUACUAGUUAUUCCACCAUUUGAAAAUCUUGGUUAACGCUGAAGGGGACGGAGCUGAAAACGUUGAGACAUUCUGAUGAUGCGAAAAUUAUCCUUAACAAUAUCUUUCGUUCCUUUGGCUUCUUGCCUCCGGGAUAGACCGUGAUCUGUCCUCAAACUUUAGAUCCACAUCCUUUGUUACUUUCUGAUUGAUCAUCAGCUCGGUGAGAAAUGAUCCACUUGAUUCCCACAAGGUAGAACAGCAUGAGGACUGAUAGUCUUAGUGGUAUCGUUAUUUCGAGAAGUUUCCAUUCGAGUGUUCACCUUCUCAAAUGGACAACAACUUUUACAGCCAGACAGUAUGCGCUUGCUUGAUGAUGAUUUGAAUAACAAGUCCACAAUGGACAGUCCUCGCUGCCUGCCCUUCCCUCUUGAAUCAGGAUUAUCCCUCCUGAUGGCUGUAGAUCCCUCAUUCAAUGGGACUACGGUUGUGUGAGCCUAGGGAAUUGAGUAUAUGGACUAAUCCUUGUUUAUUGUUGAGGAGAAUGCAACUUAACCUGAUAUCUUCCUCAUUGUAAUUUUUAUUUACCUACAAGACUAGUGGAGUUUGUUUUAAAUUGUAUUGGAUGUCAUUUCAUUUAAAUCCAUAAGGUGUAUUUUGUUCAGCAUACUGAUUUUGUUUUGCCUGAGUAAAUAUUGGUUUUCUUCCCAUGUUUUAUUUUUUAAGAAGAGUUCAACUGGAGUUGGAAUAUUACAAAUAAUGUCUUUCAUUGAAUAUAUUUUUCCGUCAUCAUGGAUUGCUAGUAAAUUUAAGACAGAUGGGGGGGUUCUGACUAUUGUAUAUGGGCUAAAGAAAUUUGAAAAUUGCCUUUUUUCCCCCUACAAAUUUUGUUUUCCGUGUCAAAUCCUGUUUAAAAUGUUUUUAGCAGUUUUCCUGGGAUCUCUGAUCGUGUCUUGCCUUUUCUACUUUUUCUUUCUUAAUGGAAGAAUUUAUGGCACAUUCUAUAAAAUCUAUAGUGCUACAAGGACGGUGAGUAGUAUUUUCCUGCAACAUUCUUGAAUCCAUUUAUGGCAUGCAUCAUAUAUUAGAAUCUGGAAUCUCAAUGAAGAUGUCUCCACUUUGGGAAACCCGGCCCAUUAUAUUUGUAUUUAAGUUGGUUAUAUGACUUCUUUCUACAUUCCUCCUGAAAUAAUAGCGGUAUUCGAUGUCAUAUUUGGUGUGUACGAUUAGCUGACUCCUCCCUUGGCGAAGCUGACAAGGCGAGUGGCAUGGCACAGAGAAAGACACCAACUUAUGCUCGCAUGCCUCCAGAGCUUCUGAUCCCCGUUGACGUGUCAGCCAAAACUUUGAAGUCGUUUUACCUGUUACCAUCAUUUAUGCAUCGGUUAGAAUCGCUCAUGCUAGCUAGCCAGCUAAAAGAAGAAAUUGGUAACGCCUCUGCCGUGCCAAGUUUCCUGGUAAUAUACUAUUUUCGUCGUUCAAAGUUUUCAUCAUUGGCACUCUGUGCUUAUCGAUCUGUUUUUCUAGAUUCUGGAAGCAAUUACAACCCUCAGAUGUAAUGAGGGCUUCUCAUUGGAACGUUUGGAACUUCUGGGAGACUCUGUCCUCAAGUACGCUGUCAGCUGUAGUCUCUUCCUAAGAUAUCCUCAGAAGCACGAGGGCCAGUUAUCUGCUUAUAGAUCAAGAGCAGUUUGCAAUGCUACCCUCCAUCAACUGGGCAUCAGUCGUAACUUGCAGGUACAUGGCAGAAGAAAAUAUCACAACUAUUUUCCUGCGUAUUUGUUUAGAUGUAGGAUUCCGUUGACUUUUUUUAACUUCUCCAAAUGAAUGAUAAUGUCUCAUACAUUUUGCACAGUAGAUUACAAGUCCAAAUGCAUCACAGUAGAUUCUGAAUAUUCUCGUUACAUAAUAACAAAUUGAUGUCUCGCAGGGGUACAUACGAGAUGCUGCCUUUGAUCCGCGGUGCUGGGUUGCUCCCGGGCAGGUCCGUUUACGACCCACGCACUGCAGAUGUGAUGCCGACGCUUCCAAAGCUCCGAUGAAGAUUAUCUCUGAGAAGGACGAAGGUCCUCGGGUUAUUGGAAAGGCUUGCGAUGAAGGUCACCGCUGGCUAUGCUCCAAGACUGUCGCCGAUUGCGUUGAAGCUUUAGUCGGGGCAUACUAUGUCGGCGGCGGCCUUCCUGCGGCAUUCCACUGCAUGGAAUGGCUAUCCAUGGAUGUUGGCAUUGAGCCUGCAUGGGUUGAGGAAGCCGCCCGGAGCGCAUCUCUCUGGUCUUAUCUUCCGAAGCUCGAAGAGCUUCAACUCCUGGAGAGCAAAAUAGACUAUAAAUUUUCUUCCAGAGGGAUUUUAUUGGAGGCAAUCACACAUCCUUCUCAGAUGGGAGCGGGCUACUGUUACCAGGUAAAGUACCCAUUAUAUGUAUAUUUUUUAUGACAAAAAAUUAUUUAAAAUAAAAAAUGAUCACUGACCUCUAGGCUCUCUUUCAGCGGUUGGAAUUCCUGGGUGACUCGGUACUGGACUUGCUCAUCACGCGGCAUCUAUUUAAAUCCCAUAAAGAUAUCGGUCCAGGCGAGUUAACCGACCUGCGGGCAGCCUCAGUCAACAACGAAAAUUUCGCUGGAGUUUCGGUGAGGUAUAAUCUUCAUCAUCACCUUCAGCACGGAUCCGGAGCUCUCCUGGAGCAAGUAACUGCUUAUGUCGAGAGUAUCAAGAGCCAUGACGUUGAUCUUCCUCGCUCAUCACCUAAGUCCUCCAAAGUACCCAAAGUGAGCUGCCAUCUUCUUUUCACAUAUCAUACUUACUCUAGUGCUCCUCUCUCUCUCUCUCUCUCUCUCCUCUUCUCUCUCUCCUAGCCGGCUGCCUUCCUGUGCUUCAGGUCCUCGGGGAUAUUGUGGAAAGCAUUGCCGGGGCAAUCCUCAUAGACUCAAACCUUGAUCUAGAUGCAGUCUGGAAAGUGUUCCAAUCCCUACUCUCUCCGAUCGUAACCCCAGACAAUCUUGAGCUCCCACCUCUGCGCGCAUUGACGGAACUGUGCGCUAGCCGUGGUUACUUUGUGCACACAAAUUACACUAACAGCAGCGACGACAUUGUCGCCGAGCUCAGGGUCCAGCUCGAGGGCGUGCUCCUGGUCAGGCAAGGCCGUGAUACAUCUAAGAAAGCUGCAAAAGGACGUGCAGCAGCCCUUCUCCUGAAAGAUCUCGAGGUUCGCUUUCUGUGCACCACUUUCUCCGCUGUGUUCCACUCCUCUGCGAUGGCAUGGUGCUCCAUAUCAGUCCAGUUUGGUUUCUAACGGCUCGGGGGAUUAAACAGGAAAAUGGCGUCUGCCAUGACAGGCACCCAGCAAAGAGGAAGCGAUCGGCCGAAAAUCUCACCGCCACCCCCAACGCCAUGGGGGACCUCCCCACCCCUAGGAGAUCAAAGGCUUCACCACCUCAAGCGUCUUCACCUAGAGAAGGAGAUGGAAUACUUCACCGCCCACCUGAACCCAAACCCGACGAUUCCUGCCGCUCUUCGCCGGGUAUUCCUCUCCGGACUCGGAUCGUCGGAAUGAUAUAAUCAUCAUGGAGUAGCUCGUCUCCGACUCGCUUUUAAAUUAUUUUUCUGUAGUGGAGGUGCCGGUGAAGAUGCAGAAGGGAGGCGCGAGGGUCGCCCUGUACGAACUCUGCAAGAGAUUGCUGUGGCCACUGCCGACCUUCGAAUCCGAACUAGUGAAACCGAGGUUAGUAAUCCGAGGAACAAGACGAAGCCAAAAAAGGUCAGACUCUGCUAACCUCAUAUAAUCCGAGGGGACUCAUUCUUGGUGCAGUGAGGCGGGGAAGAAGACGAGCGGGUUCGUGUCGAAGAUGAAGCUGCACGUGCCGGAUUCUCCCGCGCUCGAAGUCAGGGGGGACCCGCGGCUGGACAAGCGGAGCUCUCAAGACUCCGCCGCCCUUCUGAUGCUCUUUGAGCUUCAGAAGCAGGGGACGUGCCGGCUCAAGGAGCUCUGA